UGGCCGAGGCCGGCUGCGCUCGGAGCUGCCGGGUCGGGGACUGGAGCUGCCUGGGCGGGUCCGCGCCCCGCAGGCUGAGGGCUGGCGCUGCUCGCGCUCGGUGCGCCGGACGCCGGAUACCCCCGGCCGCUCCCGCUGUCCCGCACCGCUGCCGACCGCAGCGCGGGCGGAGAGCCUCUCCCGUGCCCCCGAAGGACUUCCUCCCCAGGGAAGGGAGGACGAGAGACUAGGGGGGCAGCAAGCCGGGGGCCCCUUCUGCCGGUCGGGGUGGCGGCGCGCCAGCGCAGUGCCAUGCUGCUCUCCGUCCUGGCCGCGCUGUGCCUGGGGCUGCGCCUGGCGCUCGGCGUGCGCGGCGCGCCCUGCGAGGCGGUGCGCAUCCCCAUGUGCCGGCACAUGCCGUGGAACAUCACGCGGAUGCCCAACCACCUGCACCACAGCACGCAGGAGAACGCCAUCCUGGCCAUCGAGCAGUACGAGGAGCUGGUGGACGUGAACUGCAGCUCGGUGCUGCGCUUCUUCCUCUGCGCCAUGUACGCGCCCAUCUGCACGCUGGAGUUCCUGCACGACCCCAUCAAGCCGUGCAAGUCGGUGUGCCAGCGCGCGCGCGACGACUGCGAGCCCCUCAUGAAGAUGUACAACCACAGCUGGCCCGAGAGCCUGGCCUGCGACGAGCUGCCCGUCUACGACCGCGGCGUGUGCAUCUCGCCGGAGGCCAUCGUCACCGACCUCCCCGAGGACGUUAAGUGGAUAGACAUCACGCCAGACAUGAUGGUUCAGGAAAGGCCUCUUGAUGUUGACUGUAAACGCCUAAGCCCCGACCGUUGCAAGUGCAAAAAGGUGAAGCCCACUCUGGCGACAUAUCUGAGCAAAAACUACAGCUACGUCAUUCAUGCCAAAAUAAAAGCCGUGCAGAGGAGUGGUUGUAACGAAGUGACCACCGUGGUGGACGUGAAAGAGAUCUUCAAGUCCUCGUCCCCCAUCCCUCGAAUGCAGGUGCCGCUCAUCACAAAUUCUUCCUGCCAGUGUCCUCACAUCCUGCCCCACCAAGACGUUCUCAUCAUGUGUUAUGAAUGGCGCUCCAGGAUGAUGCUUCUUGAAAACUGUUUAGUUGAAAAAUGGAGAGAUCAACUCAGUAAAAGAUCCAUACAGUGGGAAGAGAGGCUGCAGGAACAGCGGAGGACCGUUCAGGACAAGAAGCGAACAGCGGGGCGUACAGGUCGUAGCAACACCCCGAAGCCAAAGGGAAAGCCGCCUGCUCCCAGACCAGCCAGCCCCAAGAAGACCAUUAAAGCUAGGAGUGCCCAAAAGAGAACAAACCCCAAAAGAGUGUGAGCCAGCCACCUUCCAGAACCGAGACUGCCUCUCAGGCCGACGAGGCCAGGCGCUGCCCCGCCAGCCUGGGGAAGGCCCCGCUCCCCUUGCCUUAACAACUGCAGAACUCCUCCUACACCCAUCUUGCGGCAUUUUUCUUAAUGAUCUGCUUCCGUUUUUCUUUUUCAACCACCACAAGCCAUAGUGGUAGGUAUGUCCUUUGGUGUGGAAGGUCUAUGAAAGCUGAAAGCUGGUGGACAAAGCUUCUGGCGGCAUUCAGAGUAGCCUUUGUGGGGCCUACUCUGGGAGAUCUCUGUGUGGGGAAAAGAUGCUUUUGGUUCUUACCAUUUGACUUAAUAUGUGCAUUGUAAAAUAAAUGCCAUAUUACAAACAAAACACUCAUUUUUCUUUUUACAAUAUGUUUUAUUUCAGUUUGACUUGUGCUGUUAGAAGGUUCGUGAUAGUCUAAGAUGUGAUUGAAAAUACAAUGAUUCUAAGGAGGAAGGCAAGAGGAAUGAAUGUCUAAAAGAUCUUUAUGUGUUUGCUGUUCGCGGAAGAAUUUCUGUGAUGAAAGGAGGAUAUGGAAAAUUGAGGUAUUGAGGAACAACUAGAAAAGCAUGAUAUGGAAAAUUGUAAUGAUUUUUUUUUUUU